AAAUUCAAUUUCUUUGAAACAUCGAACACAUUGAAAAGGAAACCAAAAUGGCUGGGGUUUGGGUGUUCAACAAUGGUGUAUAUCGGCUUGAAAGUAGUCCCCGGAGACGGGUUUUGGUGCACUUACCGUCGGGUGAAGUGGUGGCUUCCUACUCGUCCUUGGACCGCAUUUUGAGAGGUUUAGGGUGGGAGAGGUACUACGGGGGUGACCCUGAACUCUACCAGUUCCACAAGCACUCCUCCAUUGAUCUCAUUUCUCUUCCUAAAGACUUCUCCAAGUUCUGCUCCGUUCACAUGUAUGAUAUCGUUGUUAAGAAUCCCAACGUCUUCCACGUACGGGACAUGUGACUGUCACACUCGACACUACUCAUCAUCACAGC